UCAGCUAAAAUGCCUUUAAUAUUAAUGUGUGGAUAUCCGUGCUGCGGGAAAAGCUGCCGAGCUCAGGAGUUAAGAGAUUACUUCAGAAAAAAUACUGACAAACAAGUUCACAUAGUCGGAGAUGGGGAGCAAGAAACUGACAAGAAUUCUGUGUAUGCUGACUCACAAAAGGAGAAGAACUUAAGAGGGUCUUUGCGUUCAGAGGUUGAGAGGAAAGUCAGUAAAGAUGACAUUGUAAUCCUGGAUUCCCUAAAUUACAUUAAAGGCUACAGAUAUGAACUUUACUGUCUCAUCAAACAUGUGCAAACUCCACACUGUUUGGUCUAUUGUUUGACUAAUGCCGAGCAGAGCUCAGAGUGGAACAAAGAAAGAGGGGCAGAUAGUCAGUAUUCCCAGGAAAUUUUGGAUGCUCUGAUCCUGAGAUUUGAAGCUCCUGAUUCAAGGAACAGGUGGGACAGUCCACUUUUUACUAUUCAGAAAGAGGAUACACUUCCAUUUGAAGCUAUAGCUGAUGCCAUUUUCAAGAGGAAAGCACCACCACCAAACCAAUCCACACAGAGUCAACCCCUGUCAUCUACCAACUUUUUGUAUGAGCUGGACAAAGUUACCCAGGAUGUCUUAAUGGCGGUUUUUGACUCACAAAAAACCUGCAUCCCCGGAGACCUCAUUGCAAUUCCUGGUGCUACAGAAAAAAUUGAAGUCACAAGAAAUGUCAACAUGGCUGAAUUGAGGAAGCUUCGACGACAGUUUAUUAGUUACACCAAAAUGCAUCCAACAGAGAACAUCGAGCAGAUAGCCAAUAUGUUUGUGCAGUACCUUAACAAAAGUAUGCACUGACAAUAAUUCAUUUAUUCUAUUGUUGAUGUUAUUGUGCAAUUUUAUUUAAAAUUUAACUUGAUUUUGAAAGUUUGUUUUAUUGAAAGCUUUUUAUGAGGGUGGGUUUUAGUAGCAGUCUAAUA